AUGACAUACACCGUCAAAGAAGAUAUCGUUCCGGACAUGAGUGUAACGAUUGAACUAGUGCUCCUCUCAGAGUUUGGAGUGACACGAGCGUGUCAUCAUCUCCGGCAAAAGCCGAUGAGACCGAAGACUCGAGCGCAAGACACGGCAGACGGCAAUUCUGACUACGAUCGAGUACUUACUGGCGAAGGGCGACCAUGUUUUCUGUACAUAGACGGACCCAGACUUCAAUAA